AUGUGUGGAUCAGCCCAGUAUGCAAAUAUCCGGAAGGGCCCAACUGGCUGGCAACAUGCAUUCAAUAUGUGGAUCGGCCCAGCUGGAGAGGUUUUGGCCCUGUGUACAAUAUAUGGAUCGGUCCAACUUGUAAUACCCAUUGACCCAGUUUUCUGGCCAGUACAUACACAAUCAGCAUGCGGAUCGGCCCAGUCCAAAGUAUCCGGAAGGGCUCAACAAGUUGUUCUGGGCCAGGCGCUUGCAAAUCCAGUGCACAAUUCAGCCGAUGUACUAAGCAAGCAUGUAUUGCAUCUCAGUCUUGCGAGAGCUUGGGAAUUGUUGGGCCAGAACAUGAUUAACUACCGAACAUCAGAUCAAUAUGAAGCAAAGCGGACUCGACGAAUUAAUUUCGGAUACAAAUGCUGCACUGGGCUGACCAGCAACAACAGGAUGAGGAAGGGAACAUACAAUAGUAUCAUAGUACAGAUAUGUCUUGGGGUGGGCUCAGAUUUGAGCGAGUUGGUGGGCGCAGGCAAUUGCCAGCGUUCUGGGUUCAUUUGUGUUGUUUCUGCAUCCUGGAAACCCGUCUCAUUCACCAGCGGAACAUCCUUGUUAGUGGUGACGGGUAGUGAUGCCUGGAGCGGCUCUUCAGAUGGGGAAGGCAACUUGGCCUUGGCAACCGCAGCGGCCUCAUCUGUAUCUUUGUCUUCCACCUUCCUCUUCUUGCUAUCGCUCACCUGCAAGACAGCAUUCUCUGGUUUUCUCGUAAAGGCUAUCUCAUACAGGUGGUGGAAUCUUGCCGGUGGACCUGCUGGAAAACGGCUGAGAACAGGCAGAUCCUUACGUGCUCGACACCGCAAAGAUGGUUUCAGUUCCGCUACCGGCUUCGAGAGGAGAUCUGAUUGCAUGCAAGAUGGCAUAGAUGGUAGAGCUGAGGGUGUCAACGGCGGGACAAUGGGGGUUGUCGUUGUUGGGACAGUAGUGGAAAUUGCAGUUGAUGUUGCGAUUGCUGGAACAUGCGCAGAGGGUUGGCGAUAG